AGGUGAAAAAGCCAAGCUCGACCUCGCGCAUUAAACCCACUUUCUCAGCCUGCCACCCAAGCGACCCUCCCUGCCUGCUGAGGCUUCGGGAAUAUCCCUCACCCACCAUUUCGCCCCGCACCCGACUGAGGGCAAAACUAAAGCAGGAAGAAGCUGCAACAGUGGCUCCAACCGCGCCUGCUCGCUGGCCUCGAGCAUGCUCAGCGAGCGCCAGCGAUGCCUUUUGCAGCAGCUGAGGCCGGAGCCCACGCGCCGUUUUCGGCUUCUCUGGGAGGCUGAGCUGUCUUGAAAGGCCUGAAGAAGGCCAGCUUAAGGCGGAAGUGAAAAAUGCCGAAGAAGAAGACAGGUGCACGGAAGAAAGCUGAAAGUCGGAAGGAACGGGAAAAACAAAUUAGAGCUUCAAGGGCUAAUAUUGAUUUGGCCAAACAUCCCUGCAAUGCUUCAAUGGAAUGUGACAAAUGUCAAAGGCGGCAAAAAAAUAGAGCUUUUUGCUACUUUUGCAACUCUACUCAAAAAUUACCCAUUUGUGCACAGUGUGGAAAGACAAAAUGUAUGAUGAAAUCCUCAGACUGUGUCAUAAAACAUGCUGGAGUGUAUAGCACUGGGCUUGCAAUGGUGGGGGCCAUAUGUGAUUUUUGUGAAGCUUGGGUUUGCCAUGGCAGAAAAUGUUUGAGCACCCAUGCCUGCAUCUGUCCUCUGACUGAUGCAGAAUGCAUUGAAUGUGAGAGAGGUGUCUGGGAUCAUGGUGGCAGGAUAUUUAGCUGCUCCUUUUGCCAUAAUUUCCUUUGUGAGGAUGAUCAGUUUGAGCAUCAAGCCAGCUGCCAGGUUCUGGAAGCUGAAACCUUUAAAUGUGUUUCCUGCAAUCGACUGGGGCAGCAUUCAUGUCUCCGCUGUAAGGCAUGCUUCUGUGAUGAUCAUACACGCAGCAAGGUUUUCAAACAUGAAAAGGGAAGAGAGCCUCCGUGUCCAAAAUGUGGGCAUGAAACACAACAAACCAAGGACCUAAGCAUGUCAACUCGCUCUCUGAGAUUUGGCCGUCAGACAGGAGGCGAAGAAGCUGAUGGGGCUUCUGGUUAUGAUGCCUAUUGGAAGAAUCUUUCAUCUGGCAGAGGUGUUGAUACUGGAGAUCAUGAUGAAGAAUAUGAUGAUUACGAGGCAGAGGAUGAUGAAGAUGAUGAUAAUGAGGAAGGAGGGAGAGAUUCGGAAUCAGAGGCAACUGAUAUGUUCAGCAACCUGAAUUUAGGAAGGACCUAUGCUAGUGGCUAUGCACACUAUGAAGAGUCUGCUGAAUAAAGCUAUUGUUCUUAGCACACUUAGCAAGAACUAAAUCCCCUUGAACCUAGUAGUACUUACCUUUGGGGUAAGAUCUGUGCUUAGGUCUAGUUCUAGGCCUUGCUUGGAAAGGAAUAAACAGUGAGAAGAUCUCUGUAUGUGCUUAGUGAAAUUUAUGUGUAGCAUUGGUAUAACAGAGGGAGGCAUUUGGAUAGGAAAGCUUAUUAGGCAAUAAAGGUAUGGAGCAGUUGAAUGAGGCCAAGGAAGGGUUUGGAUGGUCCAAUGGAGCAUCCUGUGUAGGUAUUUACAUGACAUUAGGGGACCUCAUAUUCUUUCUGCCCAUUCAGGACAAAAGUGUGAGGAAAUCGAGGCAAUAUUUGCUUCCAUGCAGUCAUCAAAUGUGAAGUUCUUGAGUAAUUCUGGUGGUUGGUUUUGACAUCAUGCUCCAUAAACUAAGAAAAUCAGUGGCAAUGGGCAUCUACAGUUUUUCUGUAUCAAAAGUUAUUUCCUGUCACGUGCAAAUGAUUUUUUUUUCAUAAAUAUUGAUCCAGGUUUUUGCAAUGGGGAAAUGCUUGCUGCAAGCUAUUAUAGUUGAAUAUAUAAAUUGAAAUUAAAUUUAGUUUGGUGGUUGUGUCAGCAAGGCUGAUCAAUACAUUUCCUUGCGAUUUACUUCUGUAACAUUAUCAGUUCUUGCCAUUUUGACAUGCUAUACAUUAAUUGGAAAUUUGCAGCCACCUGCAAUGUGAUCUAAAUAAAUUUUUGAUUUUCUAUUUAUCGCCAUAAAACUGA